UUCUGUCCAGUCUCCCUGUCACACCAAAAGGCCAACCAGUUCCUCAGCAGACACCGGAGAGCCAAUCAAGUGUUUGAGGAGACCAAGCAAGGACACUUGGAGAGGGAGUGUGUGGAAGAAAAGUGUUCCAAGGAGGAGGCCAGAGAAGUCUUUGAAAAUGACCCUGAGACUGACUACUUCUAUCCCAAGUAUUUAAAUUGUUUGGACAAGUUUGGAGGAUCAGCAAAGAAGAAGCACGAUCUGAUCACAUGCGUCCACAACAUUCCGGACCAAUGCUCCCCUUCCCCCUGCAACUCUAGAGGAACCGCGCGCUGCGAGGACAAAAAGGGUUCCUUCCUCUGUCACUGUUUUUCAGGUUGGACGGGGGCCUUUUGUGCUCAAGAUGUUGACGAGUGCGGCGAGAGCAACGCAGGAUGCGAGCACGAGUGCAGUAACACAAUGGGGAGCUACCACUGCUCCUGUCGCCCAGGUUACACGUUGCGAGGACAUCACAUGUGCUUCGACGUGGACGAGUGUCAAGAUGUCGUGAACGCGUGCGGGUCAGCUCGCUGUGAGAACAACGAGGGAGGCUACGAAUGUCUGUGCGAUCCCGGCUACGUCUUUGACAACGAGACCAAGAGCUGCGUGGAUGUGGAUGAGUGUGAGGCAAGCGUGUGCGCGGAAGAGUGUCUCAACACUCUCGGGAGUUUCCGCUGUUUGUGCGACGGGCGUCAGGGCAGGAAGCUGGAACAGGACCUCAGGAGCUGUCAGGCUAUAACUCCCUGUAUGACGCCAGCUCUAAAGAGGAACUCUCGCUCUCUCUAUCUGGGCCGCAUGUUCAACGGCUUGCCGGUGAUGAGGCUGCGCUUCCGUCGAAGGAUUAACACCGGUUUUUCCGCAGAGUUUGAUUUCCGCACAUACGACUCGGAGGGAGUGAUCUUCUUUGCCGGCGGUCACCUGAACAGCUCCUGGAUCGUGCUUGCCAUUCACCACGGCAAACUUGAGUUGCAGCUCAAGUACGGCCCGGUCAGCAGGGUCACCAGCAGCGGACCCGUCAUCAAUGACGGCCAGUGGAGGAAGAUUUCCGUCGAGGAGCAGGGGCGGAGUCUCGUGAUAAAGAUCGACCGGGAGGCCGUCAUGAAGAUUGCGGUUAACGGCGAUCUGUUCACACUCAAGAAGGACAUGCACGAGCUCAACCUCACUGUCGGAGGAGUUCCCUUUAGGGAGAGCAGCCUCGUUAGCAAGGUCAACCCCCGUCUGGACGGCUGUAUGAAGGAGUGGCGCUGGAUGACGGGGGAAGACCGGUCCAUGCACGAAAGCAUCAUGACUAAUGAGAACAUUCAGUGUUUCAGCACCGAGAAUCCCGGAGCAUAUUACCCCGGGACGGGCUUUGCUCUCUUCAACAUCAGUUAUGAGUCCCAGAACCUGAGCGUCCAGUUGACCCUUUACCCAACGACCGCCAUCGGGGUGCUCUUUGCUCUCGUUCACGAAGACACCGUCCCCCUCUCCGUCGCUCUGGCUGACUAUCACCCCGGCACCGAUGAGUGGAGAGACUUUGUUCUGGUGACAGCGGGCGGCGUCAUCCUGGCCAGCUCGCCAGCGCCCCUCUGCGAUGGCGAGAGUCACGAAAUCCAGGUGAAGAUCUCAGGCAACCGCACCCAGCUCCUUGUCGACGGGGAGCCUGGACGGAGCGAAGAUGCAGAGGUCAACCUUCAUUCACCGUCCAGCACCUACAUUGGAGGCCUCCCUGGUGGUGUCCCGCUGGUCUCCACGCUGGUGUCGGCGCCAUUCAGCGGCUGCAUGAAGGUCGCGGUGAACGGACAAACUCUGGAUCUGGACCAGGCCACCCAGAAACAUAACGACAUCCGCUCCCACUCCUGCCCCCUGCUGGAUUCGAACCAGUGACCGCGCACAGUGCUCUGCCGAAGCCAAUCCAGAAGCAGGGGAGAAUGUUUCCAAAAUAUUUAUAUGAUCACGCGCCUUGAGUAGAGAGAAGAGACUUCUUAGAUUUAAAUGCCAUGAAAUCUAAAGCAAGUGUUGCGGUCCUACUGGGCCCUCAGAACAAUGUCACACUGUCCUUUGGUCUUGACUGUGACGGUGGCGCUUGCUGCCAGGAAGCUCUCACAAGGACUCUUUGCAUAUUCUAAGAAAAAUAAUAAGCCAACAAUGUCCACUUCAUCAGUCACAAGUCUUAGGAUGGAAUGCUUCGUCCGUCACAUCACCACAUAAGCCCUCAAGAAUAUUAAGUUAAGCCAAGGUCAAAAUGUCUCAAACCUAUAAAAAGAUCUCAAGGCUCAAUUACGCACGGUGACCCACCCGAAGCAGGACACUGCCCACCUUGAUUUCUUUGCGUAUUCUAGAAAACCUUUGCACGUAGUUGCCGGUCGAUGUGGUUUGCCUCAUGAAACCAUAUUCAUGAGCUCAUCCCCACCUGCUCCAUGUCUACAUGCAACCUUGGAGGGGAAAAAAAAAAAAUCUUACCUUGUGCCUACUUGAGUGCUCUAAAAACAGGCGAAUUCUGCCACCGCUGCAAACAUCGUUGCUCACCGAAUGACCGCCACCCCUCUUUGUGAAAUGUGCACUUUGCAUCUCCGCUCGUGCGCAAAGAUCAAAUAUCUUGCUAUUUCAGAACCACGUGAAUGCUAAAAACCACCCUAAACCAGUCGGACGACGGCAGAUUCGUCAUUGGGAGGGAGGAAGAGGAGGCUGACGUUGCAGAAAUGGGAGACCACCGCAGCCAAUGUACCACACGAGCUACUGAGAGCAAACCUAGCGCGCUGUAUUAUACUGAGUUUGUAAAUAAUGUGACUGUACAAUGCUUUAUAGAAGGGCAGAAACUCAACGUACGUACAAUAGGCUCCCCGAGGUCAUCUUUGCAUCAAAGUUAAGCAACACUUACCGUAUAGUCUCAAUGUAAUAUUCUUCAGACAAAACAAAGUACAGCUGUGAUUCUCCCCAACAGUGGGAUUAAGAGCAAUAAUCACAAUCUUAAAAUAGAAUUUUACAGAAUCAUUGUUUUAUUCUUCAUUUCGUAGAUGCUGAAUAAACCGAAAUGCAGAAAAAGAAACAAAAAAAAACAAAACACAAUGUGAGACUGAGAAGCAUUGCGUUCGUCCAAAGGGCUCCAGUGUUAUUUUGGCUUCACUCCGCUUUACCAUUUUGGAGUUGUCUCAUGAAUGAAUGCCCCCGAUAUGAGAAUGUGCAUUUUUUUUUUUUUUAUUGUAAUGUCCAAUAAUUUUCUUUUUUUUUUCUUUUUUUAUCGGCGAAUUGCACAAUGCUACGAUAAAGUUUGAAUCUAC